UUCGUUUUCGUCCUUCACACCAGGCAACAAGCGGACAGUACAUUUAAGCGUCAUUUAGCCGUGAUUUAGCAUGCACGCGACACCCUAUUUACUUAAUGUAAGACCAUAACAUACGACUCUAAUUGGAAUAGCUUGUACAAGAAGCGGUAAUAGCAUGUUUCUGCUGGGACGUCGUCUCCAUAUUGGAGCUCGUGGUGCCGCAAUGGGAGCCACCGUAGGACUGCUUGGAACUGCAAUGGUCGCCAUCAAUCUGCUUUCAUCACCGUCCGGUGUUGCCGCCUGCUCAGCAGCACAACCCCCAGUCACCGGAGUGGAUGGCAAAGCGGCCUCAUCCGUGUAUGACUUCACCGCGAACGAUAUCGACGGCAAGCCGGUGCAACUUGGCCAGUAUCGUGGCCACGUACUGAUCAUCGUUAAUGUUGCGUCACACUGUGGCUACACCGAUGGACACUACAAGGAGUUUAAUCAGCUUUACAAGGAGUAUGCUGACUCUAAAGGAUUGCGCAUUUUGGCGUUCCCGUGCAACCAGUUUGGUGGACAGGAGCCGGGCACUAACGCGGAAAUCAAGCAGUUUGCCGCAGAUCGUGGCGUAAAGUUCGACAUGUUUGCCAAGGUGGACGUGAACGGGGACGAUGCACACCCGCUGUGGCAGUAUCUGAAGCAGCGCCAGGGCGGCACAUUGGUGGAUGCGAUCAAGUGGAACUUUACCAAGUUCAUCGUGGACAAGAAUGGGCAACCGGUUGGACGGUACGGGCCCACUACCAGCCCGCUCGAGAUGCGCGACGAGCUGGAGAAGUACCUCAAUCAGUAAACGUGUGCCAGAUAGCAGGUAUGAUGAUUAGAUGAUUUUGUCAACCGAAUUGCAUAACAGCAGGCGAAUUGGAUUGGGUCAGCUAAGGUACAGGGUUUCCUCACAAUUUUUUGACAGUUUCGCAAGGUUUUUUGAUUGCCUUCUAGGUAUUUUUGAAUUCGUGUCGAGAUUUUUUGACUGCGUCCCAUCAAUUUUUGAAUAC